UUUCUAGUUGCCCCUCUGGCAUUUACUCACUUGCCAUAAAUGUUUAUCAUGGAGUAUAGCAUGAAUAGAAUUGUGACAUUCAUGCAAUUGUAGCAGAUUGCUACAAAAGAAAUUCAUCCUGAAACAGUGAACUGUGGAAUUGUAGCUUUGAAGUUCAGUAUAAAUACUGGAGCUUUUGUAAGUUUGUUUUAUAUAGGAGUAUACUGCGCUCCACGGCCAGUGUAUGGCUGCGAUUAAUGCUAAUAGGAAUUAUUACGUGAUAGACUACAGGUAUUGCUUUCAAGGAAUAACCUCGAGUGAAGCAACAAGUCUGCCCACAUUUGGCCAGGGAGACAAAGGCACAGCAGGUAUUCUCACACAUAUACAGCUGUCUCUUUAAAAAAUUACGAUUUACAUGCGUAUUUAUUAUUUUUUGUGUUUAACGAAUUUAGCAACUUUCUGUCGUUCUAACCUAUAGGUUAGGACCACAGAUAGCUGUAAAGCUUCUUAAGAGCCAUGCAUAGAUGAUUUCUCAAGCAUUGUAGAAGCAAGUGGAUGAACCAAAAUAUGUUAACCUCCAUAAUUCGGUUUUAUAAUUAAACUAGUAAACCUUUGCUAUCGGUAAUUUUCUUUGCUCUGCUAGGCUCUUUUUCACUAUCUGUUGCACAUCAGAAUUUCCAACAAGUGGAGUGGCUCUUUUGGCUCACUGCUCUCUUUUUUCGACACUGCAGGGACCCAGUUGUUAGAGACGAACUCGUCACAAGGUACGUCUGAUAACCACUAUGUUGAUGCAGGUAUGUGCCAGAUAAGGGAGGUCAAAGUUAAAUAAAUCAUUAGCCAGUUACUCCAAACUACUAAUCAAUUGAAAUUGUGCUUUUCAGGUGAACAGACAGCGCAAGAACGGCCACAAAACUCGCCUCAUGAUUGUUGUGUAGAGAAGUACUUCCAGCGGCAUGUACUACGACUGCUGAACACGCUUCGCUUCAUGCUGGAACAACAAGCGGACACCCUGAACAAGUUGUGCGAUAUACUUCCUACUUCUUCAGUCACCGAAUGCGCAGAGCUCUUAGGCCAUCCGCUAAGCAGUCUUGAAGAACUACAAGAGUUUGACAACAAGCUCGAUGCUGGAAAAUUUAGGAUCCUGGUUCAUGAGUUGGCACAGCUCGGUGGGAAAUAUGCCUACUGGGCAACAAAAAGAAUCUUGUCAUACUGCAUCACAGACGAGGGUGCGGCGCAAUUUUCCUGGAUGGGUCGAAAAGGAAAACUGAGCUUCUCUGCCUUGAAGAUUGCUAAAGCCAUAACAGAUGCUGCUCGCAAAGCGCCAAACGCAACUGCUGCUGACGUUGAGGCCUCUAUCAAAUCGUGGCUCCGGCAUGCCCCCGAGCGCCUUGCCACCAAGUUUCAGAAGUCAAAGCAAGGACAACUUGAGCAAGCAGCAGAUACGGACUGAAACUUUCGCCACGGCCCAGCUUCCGAUUCCCUGGUCGUUCUGGGGAUAUUGAUGGCAGCAGAUUGAACUUCUAGAUGUUUUAUGCUCUCACUUUGUCAUAGGGUUGUGAUGCUGCAGAGCUUGUGGUCUUUAUGUUUGAAUUUAUUCACUCUAAAUGUUUUACAUGUAUGUCUCAUGCACUCAUCUUUUAGGUGCUUUAGAGGUUUAUUUGUGUAUGUAGAAGCCAUUGAAUUUAGCCAUGACCAUUUGUAUGGAUAUUGUUGUGCUUGGCGUGAAUAACGGCUGUGACAGAUUGAUGGUAUGUUUCUGUGAAUGAAAGUGCCCUUAUGUAUUGUUUCUGGUGGCAAGAAAAAAGUCUUUCAUCAUAUCGUGCUUAGGAGUAUACAGGGUGUCCCACGUAACUUUAGCCAAACUUUUAAAAUAUUCAAAUGCCACGUAGCUGGACAGAACCAAGGUAAUGUUGUUUGCCAUCGCUUGGGGAUACUCAGAUUAUUUUUUGAAUUCCACAUAAUUGCAUAAUAAGUCUUAAUUAAUCAACUUCUGAAAUAAUAAAAUUAGACGAAGAGUGUCAAUGAGAAAACAGUAGAGCAAUAUGAAAAACUCCCGAUACAGCCUUCUGUUGCUCAAUACGUGCUACAUAAAAGUUUUUCUGAGCGUGAAAGAAGCCCACGAAUACACGCAACGUGCCUCGAGCGGCCAGUCGCGCGGCAAUUUUACAUGCAUUCGCGGGCUUCUUUCACGCACGGAAAAACACUUUUAUGUAGCACGUAUUGAGCAACAGAAAGCUGUAUCGGGAGUUUUUCAUGUUGCUCUACAGUUUUCUCAUUGACACUUUUCAUCUAAUUUUAAUAUUUCAGAAGUUGAUU